AUGUUCGCUUCACUGGGCUUCCUAUUUGCUGCCCUCUCUUUGGCACGCUGCAUCCCCGUGCAGCAGGUAUCCCACCGCAGCAAAGUCCUCCUGGUGUCCUUUGACGGCUUUCGGUGGAACUACGACCAGGACGUGGACACCCCCAACCUCGACGCUAUGGCCGCGGAGGGGGUGAAGGCGCGGUACAUGACUCCCGCCUUCAUCACCAUCACCAGCCCGUGCCACUUCACGCUGCUGACCGGGAGGUACCUGGAGAACCACGGCGUGAUUCACAACAUGUGGUUCAACACCAGCACGGGCCAGAAGCUGCCCUACCACAUCACGCAAGGCGUGGACAGCUGGUGGGACAACGGCAGCCUGCCCAUCUGGAUCACGGCUCAGAGACAGGGUUUAAAGACGGGCUCGAUCUAUUUCCCCGGGGGAAGAGCAAAAUACCAAGGAGAAGAAGUGAAUAUGAAGCUGGUGGAGCCCCUCUUGUUCAACUACAGCAACGAAACCAACUGGCGAGAGAACAUUGACACGGCCAUGGAGUGGUUCACGGUGCACAGCCUCGACUUCAUCGCCCUCUACUUCGGCGAGCCGGACUCGGCGGGACACAAGUUCGGCCCCGAAUCCCCGCAGAGGAAAAACAUGAUCAAGCAGGUGGACAGAACCAUCGGCUACUUGAGGCAGCGCAUCCGGGAGAGCGGCCUGGAGUCCACCCUCAGCCUCAUCGUCACGUCUGACCACGGCAUGGAGACUGUCAUCAAGACCAACGAGAUUCACAUCCAGACGGUGGCGAACUUCACGUUCAAGGACAUCCAGUUUGAGCUCCUGGAUUAUGGGCCGAACGGACUACUGGUGCCCAAAGAAGGAAAACUAGAGCAUGUGUACUCAGUCCUGAAAAAUGCCCACCCAAACUUACACGUGUACAAGAAAGCCGACUUCCCGAGGAGAUUCCGCUACGCCAACCAUUCCCGGAUCACCCCGCUCCUGCUGUACAGCGACCCGGGAUACGUGAUCCACGGGAGGUACAAGGUCCAGUUCAACAGAGGGGAGCACGGCUUCGACAACGAGGCCAUGGCCAUGAAAACCAUCUUCCGCGCCGUGGGCCCGGCCUUCCGGCGGGGGCUGCUGGUGGAGCCCUUCGAGAGCGUCCACGUCUACGCCCUCCUCUGCGAGCUGCUGGGCAUCACCCCCGAGCCCCACGACGGCGACCUGGCGGUCCUGCGGCCGGUGCUGCCCCGGCUGGAGCCGAGGAACGUGGCAGCCAAACUAUUUACUGCGUGUUCCCGUCUCCCCGGGAAGGUGAAGUCUGUCAGGGAUACCCAUCGCCAAGUUCAGCCCGAAGGUGCUCACAGGCGGAGCUGCAGCAGCGAGUGA